GUCCCGUCAAACAUUCAUUGAUUCUUCCUUUUCACUCUCGCUCACCCCCCGAGUUUUGGCUGCCUUGUCCUCGUCCUGCUCCCUCGUUUCGCUCCCCUCCCACCCUUCCCCUUCCCUUUAAAUCAUCCUUUGAGAUCCUGUGAGAUCGUCUUGUAAAUCAGGCGUGGUUUCUUUCCCUUCCACCCCCCCAAUAUCGAUUUAUUCACCCCAUUUGUCGUGAACAUGGGUCGGACAGUCGACCAGGAAGUUCACGCGGCGUUCGUCGAGUUCCGCGCCAAGGAAGACGAUAAGGUGCGUGACUUCCGUAUUUCCCGUAAUAUUUCCAAACGCCCGCCUACCAACAGAAUUCAACCCAACUACCCCCCGUCAGCACCCGUCAUCGUUACUGACAUAACGAUUCUGUUUGUUUGCUCUUCGCAGUGCCUUUCCGUCCAGUGUAUCUAUUGCCAGCAAAUUCGCGCAAAGAACACCUCGCGUCAGAAGCAGCACCUGCUCGAAUGUCCCGGCCUCCGUCAUACCAACCCUCAAGCUCAGUCACAGUCCGCUCAAUCCACUACUAACGGCAUCGGUGCUGCCAACGGAUAUCCUCCCACUCCCAAUGGCGCCUCUGCCACAGCUUCCGGCGCUGGGCCAGGGCCUGGUGCCCUCGCGACCCCGAAUGGACCCAUGAUGUCCAACGGUGUCAAUCCGCAUGCCACCCCGAUGCAGACGCCGCUGCAGAAUAUGCAGGGACGCGCUUCCUUGCCGACGUCAGGCCCUGCCGGGGCCACCUCCACGGCCGCUGCCGCGCAGCAGGCCUCUCGUGCGACACCCAAGUCCAAGCCGAAAAACUCGUCCUCCAACCUCCCCGCCCCGCCCCUCGAUGACGUGCAUGCUGCUUUCGUAGAGUUCCGUGCGAAGGAAGAAGACAAGUGUCUGUCCGUCCAAUGCAUAUACUGCCAGCAAGUCCGCGCGAAGAACACGAGUCGACAACGCCAACAUCUGCUGGAAUGCCCCACCUAUCUCAGUGUCAUGAAGGACUCGAUCCCCGCCAACAACCUCCUCCACACCUUCCCCGAGGGCGACGUGGCCCGCUCGCUGCAGAUCCCCGCGCCUACUCUCGAGUUGGACUUCCGUAUGAGCAUCAAGAUGAACCCCAAGGUCGCUGUGGGCGAGAGUAUUUGGGGUCAGCGUGACUGGGUGACAUUUGUGGGAGGGCAAUGGGCGGGUCGAUGGGGCAAAGGCAUUAUCUUGCCUGGGGGGCAGGAUUCUCAGAUCGUGACUAAAGAGUCAUCCACCAGCCUUCGAGCGAGCUAUAUGCUUCAGACCGCCGACGACCCCCCUGCGUACAUUAUUGUGAAGACCAAUGGAUGGUUGACUGGCUCUAAGGACGUUUUGGACAAAGUCAACGACCCGACCGUGGCUGAUGGUGUCAACCCGAACACGUACAAAUAUCGCAUUAACCUAUCUAUGGAGACCGGAGAUGAACGUUACGCAUUUUUGAACACUCUGAUGUGGAUUGGCAGUGGCUGUCGCCGGAACCAAGAAGUUAUUUUCGACGCCUUCCGCGUCAAUUAAUCUGCCAUAAAAUCGCAGCUGUUUUGUCCGUUAUUAAGCGAGUAGCAAAUUUGAUUUCACGGGGGAAAAUUGCGGUCCAUCUUCUCUCUGCUCCUGGGGAAUUGCUUCAAUUCCUAUUCCUUUUUCUCAGUCUAUAUCUCUCAUCUGCCUCCAGCCGUACGGGUGCGUU